AACAAGCUAGCAAGUGAAGACCAGCAAAAGAUCAGUGCAGAGGANAUUCACCACUGGCAAUUUACAAAGAACGGUAGAAGGAGUUUGGCAACUAUGACGGACGUUGCUUGUUCCUCACGGUCCCUGGAGCCUGUCUUUGAUACAUACCGCAAGCUCCCCUUAGACUUGGUAAGACGUCGAGCACUCGCAUAUACUCACCGCCCAUCGCCUCCUUGUCUGGACACUCAAUUGAACUACUUGACCCCGAGCCAUCAUCUUUACCUACUAACUCCCACAUCAAUCGACUCUACACAUCUCGACACGACAAUGGCAUCAGAGAACAGACCCACGAUGAUCAAGAUUUCAUCUCUCCUCAAUGCUCCUCCAUCUCCGGGUAUUCUGCCUCCCUUCUCAUCGUUGAGCCCGCCUCUCACUCCAGCACCAACCAGCCAAGCAUCUUCUGUCACACCCAGUCCUCCACCACAGGUCACUCGCUCUGGUGGAGCCUCGACGGGCCUUCGUCAGAAGAUUGCUAAGGACGCUGCCGUGUUCAAUCGCAAUCCAGCCCGAGGCGAGGUCAACUAUGCUCCGUUCGAGGUCAGUGACCAAUGCGCCAUGCUCAGCAAGAGAGAGCGUCUGGAGCUGGCUGAGCAUCAUCACCGCUUCAAGGUCUAUCCGAAUGGCAGCGGCGAGGAAGGGUUGAUCCGCGACUUUGUCCGUCACAUUNNCCCUUACAACAGUGAGAAGAAGGCAUUCUCCGACAAGACUGGUCGCGAGGCGUUCGAACUGUUUCAGUAUACCUUCAGCCUGCCCCACGAGCCCAACAAAACCUACACAGUCAUGUGGGACUAUCAGAUCGGCCUUGUCAGGAUCACACCUUUCUUCAAGGCAUGCAACUACCCCAAGACCCAACCCAACAAGGUUCUCAGUCUCAACAACGGUCUACGAGAACUUUCAUUCAGCAUCACUGGCGGUGCUAUUGCAGCUCAAGGCUACUGGAUGCCCUAUGGAUGUGCCCGUGCUGUCUGCGCCACGUUCUGCUGGCAUCUUCGAUGGGCACUUACCCCUAUCUUCGGUCCCAGCUUCAUCAGAGACUGCCUGCCUCCCAAUCAUCCUGGCUUUGCAAGAUUCAUCAUCGAGCCAGAUGUUGUUCGUGCAUGUGCUCGUGAGNNGGCAGAGGGCUGGCGCGCCGGCGUGAGUACCAACCACUACAGCCUUGCCUCGGGCAACUCCACCUCGGCAGCACCACCUCAUAUUCCUCGCUCAGCACCCAUGCAGAUGCCAGAGCCCAAGCGCCUUCGUGCUCGUCCUACACGCCCUCGAGUUGAUACCACCGCUCACCUCGGGAGCCCGUUCCAGAGCGAUGAUGAGGUUGCCGCUGUCAUUACUGACGCACCUCGUACUCGCCGAAACAUCCCUGACUCGCCCUCGGUCUCUCCGAAGACUUGCAUUUCUCCCACAGUCCACUGGGCUGCAGUCAACGACCUUCGAGAGAACGACAAUGGCACUCCUACCCCUUGUGUCAGCCACGACAACACAUCCAAGCUUCCAGCCGACAUGCAAAACCUUCUCGUCACACCCACCUCUACUUCUGGACAUACCGUUCCAUCUCAGGCAGCUGGUGCUCGUAAACGCCGCCGCUCCUUUGAAAUUGCACCUGCAUCGUCAUCACCCAUCACUUCGCUCACUGCAUCUCCUACCACUGAUUCGGGCUCUGACGGCGAAGACCCCGAAUACGUGGCUUCAUCAAGUNNGAGAAAGAGGAUGACGAAAGCGAAGGUGAAGGCACAAGCAGUCAGACCAGAACAAGCAAGAAGAGAAAGNAUCAAUGUGCCUGGGGUUGGUCGCUUCAGAGCCAGAGAGGUCAAUGCGGCCAAGAUGCUUCUGGCUUUGCAUCAAGACGAUGCUUCCAUGGCCACUGAU